CGAUGGGAACCUUGGUGACCUUCACCGACGUUGUCAUUCCGUUCCACAACGACGCCACCUCCUUGUCGCUCUUCAGGUGGUUCAGUAACACUCCGCUUUCCCUCAGAAUCUUCACGUCCUCUUCCGUGUCGAUUAUGCCGUUCAUCAGCUCCGUGUACCGUGCCAGAAUCAUUCCCUCCGGCGCGAUGCACGCCUCGUACGCCACCAGGUUCCGCAAAACCACGUCGCUGCUGUCGGUCACGUGGAUCACGGGCAGGUGGAGCGUUGCGGAGGAUUUGUCAAACCUGACGGCGUUUAUGCCGCCCUUGGUGGGCCGAAAUACGACGCCGGUUUUUGAAAGCUCUUCCACGCUUGGGAUUGCUAGUUCUUCCACUAACGGACUUUCGUCACUGCCCUCUGCAUGAUCUGAACAAAGUUUUCUACAUUAGAACUAUAUGUAUU